AUAGACCCAUGUGGCAAAGCACAGGACAGUUUUAAGUUAGACCCAGGAACAGAGGCAGAGACAGGAACUGAGGCAGUGCGCUCCCUCUCUUUCCCUGAAAGUCUCGAACGGAGAAAUACCCAGCUAUCAAUGGAACAUGCAAAGAGAGAAACAUGUUUAGAGGGAGAAAUUUGCUUUCUCUGAAAAAAACGAAAUUGGGAUUUAGACAUCCAUCAGAAGCAUCAAGAAGUUGAAGAAAGAGAAAUUAAGAACAGAAAUUGUGGGUUUUGUUGGGUUUUUUGUGUUGCUUUGUAGACAAAAGGUUUUGUAAUGGAAGGAGGGUCAAGCCACAAUUUCGUUCCUCCUUCAGCUGGUUUUGAUAAGUCAAGGGUUUUGGAUGUUAAACCUCUGCGUAGUUUGAUGCCUGUGUUUCCAGCUGCGUCUCAAGCCUCUCCCUUUCCAUGCAUGCCUCCCUUCGGCCAAACCCCUAAUGGAUAUUCUCCAUUUUACCCAUUUCAACCACAAGGCUCUCAAACCUCACCUAAUCUCAAUAGUCCUUCCCCAAUGAGGACACCAACGGGUCCCAUGCCUGCUCCAAUUCGGUCAUAUAGAGCCCCCGCGCCAUCUGGGGCACUGCCCCAUGACUUUCCGGAGGAGUCUAAUGGAGAAAGAGGGUCAUCAAUGGGUGGGGCAGAAGAUGACGAUGGUUAUUUUGAUGCUCAUCUAGGUUCUAGUUCAUCACGAAAGAAGACCGCAAAGGCUAGUUCAUCUCGAAAGAAGAAAAAGAAAAGUGGAGAUGGCGAUUCAUUAACAAACAGUGGGUCGGGAGUGAACUUUGUUCCGGUUAUGAGUCCAUUUCAAGUUGAAGAUGGUAAUAGGGAGUUGGUUAACUAUGUACUUGUGAAUUUUGAUGCACUGCGGAGAAGGAUUUGCCAAAUUGAAGAUGCCAAGGAAUCUAAAAAUGGGAUUAUUAAGCGUGCAGAUUUGAAAGCUGGUAACAUUUUGAUGACCAAAAAGGUUCGAACAAACAUGAGAAGGAGAAUUGGGGUUGUGCCUGGAGUUGAGAUUGGCGACGUUUUCUAUUUCCGAAUGGAAAUGUGUGCAGUGGGAUUGCAUGCUCCGUCAAUGGCAGGAAUUGACUACAUGACUGGGAAGGGUGAUGCUGAAAAAGAUCCAGUGGCCUUAAGCAUUGUCUCUUCAGGAGGGUAUGACGAUGACACGGAGGACAGCGAUGUCUUGAUAUAUAGUGGCCAGGGUGGGAAUAACAACAACAAAGACAAGCAGGUGGCUGAUCAGAAGCUUGAAAGGGGUAAUCUUGCUCUUGAGAGAAGCUUGAAUCAUGGCAAUGAAGUACGAGUUAUUCGGGGUGUGAGAGAUGAGGUUAGUUCAACAACAAAGGUCUAUGUCUAUGAUGGCCUAUAUAAAGUCCAUGAGUCAUGGACAGAGAGGGGGAAAUCUGGUUGCAAUAUAUUCAAGUACAAGUUAGUGAGGGUGCCUGGGCAGCCUGGUGCUUUUGCAGUUUGGCAAACUAUUCGUAAGUGGAAGGAUGGUUUUUCGUCAAGGGCUGGACUUGUUCUUCAAGAUCUCACAUCAGGGACUGAACCUAUACCUGUUUCCCUUGUAAAUGAGGUUGAUAACGAGAAGACGCUGGCUUCUUUCACUUAUUUUCCUAAACUCAAAUAUUCUAAAUCUUUCACUUUAAUGCCGCCCUCUUUUGGCUGCAAUUGCCAUAAUGCAUGCCUCCCAGGUGAUAUGAAUUGCUCUUGCAUUCAGAAAAAUGGAGGUUCUUUUCCUUAUACUGGCAAUGGGAUCCUAGUCAGCCGAAAGCAAUUGUUACAUGAAUGUGGUCCUACAUGUCCUUGCUCUCCCAACUGCAAAAACCGAGUAUCCCAAACUGGUGUAAAAUUGCGCUUGGAAGUGUUUAAGACAAAGGAUAGGGGCUGGGGCCUCCGGUCGUGGGAUUCUAUUCGGGCUGGUUCUUUUAUUUGUGAGUAUGCGGGUGAAGUUAUUGAUGAAGUGAAGUUAAAGCAGAAAGGGAAUGCAGGUGAAGACGAUGAAUAUAUUUUUGAUACAGGCCGUAAUUAUGACUCAUUUAAGUGGAAUUAUGAACCAGGACUACUAGAGGAGGAGACUUCUAAUGACAUAAAUGAGGAUUACAACAUCCCAUAUCGACUAAUCAUAAGUGCCAAGAAUGUUGGAAAUGUAUCACGGUUCAUUAAUCACAGUUGCUCACCAAAUGUUUUUUGGCAACCGGUUCUAUAUGAACACAACAAUCAGUCCUCUCUUCAUAUUGCUUUUUUUGCCAUCAGACACAUUCCACCUAUGACAGAGUUGACGUAUGAUUAUGGCAAUUCAAGCUCUAGUGAAGCUGACAAUGACAAUGGACCCCAUCGGAAAAAUAAAUGCUUAUGUGGAUCAUCAAAAUGCCGGGGUUACUUUGGUUGAUUGUGUAGGUUAUAAAACAGACAGCUACGGUGCCAAGAAACAGAAUCCUGGCUAGUAAGUUUGGAACGUUAUCGUGUUUAAAUGUUUUUGAACUUAGCAUAACUGUGACUUUGUUGUUGUUUAUCUUUCAAUGUGGGGUCGAUGGUUUAGGUUCCAGAAACAGGCAAUCAUGGUGCAGACAAACAUGAUCCUGGUUGAAAAGUUUGGAAUCUCCCUCUUGUUUAUAUGUUUUUGAACUUUUAUGUUGUUUAUCUUUCAUUUUUAGUGGAGACAUGCUUGCAUAGUUUACUUUUCCUUCUAUGAAAUUGCCUAGUUUACUUUCC